AUGUCGAGGCGUGACCACGACGCCGUUUCGCGACCGUCGUAUCCUGACGGCUUUCGCCUACGAUCUCCUGCUCAGCCGCCAGAAUAUGUGCCCCCCCUCUUGAACCCACCUACUGCAUACACCUAUCCGCUGGCCGCAAUUCCUGCUCCUUCAUCCAUACUUUCGGGCAAUGGACCGCCAUCCUAUCUCGCCAGCGCCGGCAGCAAAACACUUACUCCAAGAUCCAGCACGCCGGCCAGCUCGACUUUCUCAGUCGGCGAUACACUGCAGAGCGUAAGGGACAUCAGUCCGCCGCCCCUCAGAAGAUCCCUGACACGGACCGAAUCGCAAAUACCCGCUGCAAGCAAACCUCGGCAUUCCGCCGGAGCACAGCCUCACGAAUCCCCAAUGCAGACGACACAGCUCGCCACGCCACCGUCGAGAUCAUACCGUGCUAGCGCCGUGCAAAGACAAUGGAACAAGGCAGACUUGACAAAGGCGCUGCUGGACCUAUUGAAAAGCGUGCGACAAGACCACUCGCGACUGGUUACGCAGGCAAUCGAGGCCACCACGGCUACAGAAUGGCGUGUUCAUCAUGGAGCGGAUCUUUUUGAAGGAAUGGGUAAUGGCGCUGUUCCGUAUAGGAAAGGAGAGACUAUGCGAAUUAAGUUUAAGCAACACUUGAAAACCCGUAAGGAUGCGCGCGAGGAACACCACGACAUAAUGGCGAUCAAGACCCCGAAAGACAGAGUCCCCCGAUAUCGGUUUCAUCAUGUCGACAUAAAAAAGAACGUCCUCACGCCAAACACUAUGCUGACUUUCGUGCCGCAUUUGCGCGAUCUCGACAGUAGCGAGGAACCGAAGUAUAACUUGUGGCUGAAGGAACUUGAGGAAAUUGAUACUAAAUCCGGGUUCAAGCCGAUGAACCGGGAGGAAAAAGUCAUUCUUACUAUACAAACCGAGCGUGCGGCAACUGUAUCUCUGUAUCUGGAUACCUGGUUAGAGAAGCUUGGCAUAGCGAACUGUACAAAGUCUGCACUGGUUGCUUAUAUGGCUAGCCAAGAGUCCGAUGAUUCGAUCACGCCGCAGAAAAAGACGGACAUUAUUCGAUCGAGCCGCGAGACGACUGAUGGCGACCCGACUAGCCAGGAUUCGAGAAAAGCUGCCGCGUUAUUCACAAGUGCAUUCAAACAGGCUUUUGAUAAUGAUGACUUGCCACUCGCGAGCAAAAUCGAGCUGCGAAGAAUUCUACUCCUCGAAGAGUUUGUUGACGGCGUUUUGGAUCCCAAGCCGGUCGCAAAAGAUGCAGCUCCCGUGUCGCAACCAGACAUGGAUGAAACCACCGAAGCGCACCUGGCCUCCUAUAGCAUCCUAGGCUGCCUCAUUUGCUACAGCCAUUCUUGCGACCACGGCGAGUACGACAAUAAGAACCUCAAGCGGACAUUUUCCUUGGCGGCAGUGAUGCCGCUAGCUGAGCUUUUGAAACAACGACGACAGCGGCUGACAACGGAGAGUGCGGACGCAAUGAAAGAUAUAGUACCGUGUCGAAGGGCAUGCUAUCUAUCAUUGACGCCAGUGGGCCAAAUGCGAGACGCAAAGCCGUGGCUGGAGCAGGAAGUCGUGCUUUUAAAAUCGAUCUUCUCGAUGCUCGGCCAAAGCCAUCUGCAGCGGGAUCCAAUCUGCUUUGCAGCAGAGAUUCUGGAUCGCGAUUGCAGUGCCGUCUUUGACAAGUUUAAGUCUCUAGCUGUCAAAGUGCCAGAAGCCAUCCCCCCAGAAGUAGUGCGAGUUAAAGCACUGGCCUGGUAUGACAAUCGCCGAAAGAUUCUCAUUGGUGACUGGCAAGACCACACAAUUACACACGAGCACCAACGCCGCGAAAUUAUUGAGCCAUGCUCGCACGAAGGCUGUCAAAAUUGUGAACUCCAGCGCGGAUGCAGCAAAAAGCUCUUGCUGGGACAGAGCCAACUGGAUGGAGUUGGAUAUGGACUGUUUACUGCUGAGGAUAUUGCGCAGGACGAUUUCGUGAUCGAAUAUGUUGGCGAGCUUAUUACGCACGAUGAAGGCGUGCGAAGAGAAGCUCGUCGCGGCGAUGUGUUUGACGAAGAUUCCAACAUCUCUUAUGUUUUCACGCUGCUUGAGGAUGAAGGCAUCUGGGUCGAUGCUGCGACGUAUGGAAACCUUAGUCGCUACAUUAAUCAUGCGUCCGAACACGAUCACACCGGCUCGAAUAUCACGCCACGGAUCCUCUACGUCAAUGGCGAAUAUCGAAUCAAGUUUACGGCCCUGCGAGACAUUCGAGCCGGAGAAGAGCUGUUCUUCAACUACGGCGAAAACUUUCCGAAUCUCACAAAGAAGCUUCUCGACACUAAGACGGGAGAGAAGCCGGUAAGCCCGCAGAAACCAGGGCGACCACCGCAGUCGACUGCUGGCAAGGGUGUUGCACGAAAGGCGCCGAAGCCGGAACAGAAGAAGACGGAGCGCAAGAAGCCCGGAGCGAGGCGUAGAAGGCGACGAACAGUUGUUAACGACGACGACGAAGACGACAUACAAGCAUCAUAUAUUUCGCCCAUGAAUCGACCCGUGAAACGCAAACGAGGAGUAGCAAGAGUCGAUUCAGACGAGGAUAGCUACCACACUCGCGGAAAUGCGACGCGGAACCAUUGGCAAGAAUCAGCGGCAGAGGAUGACGACGGCCCAGGCGAGGAAACCACACCCAAUGGUGGUGCUGGAAGUAGGCGCAGCAUGCGCACUAGAGCAUCCGAGACGCCGACAAAAGCCGGCAAAGCAAAGAUGACAGGCAGACGCGGUGGUGCACGCCCGGGAAGUGGACGGCCUAGGAAACACCCACGACCCAUGCUACAACCAGCAGUACCCGGGACGACGGAGACGGUACGGCGGUUGCGUGAAUUGCCCAGCAAGUCCACAUGGCGCCAAAGCUUAAGCGAAUCCCCACGGGUUACGCGCCAGCGGCGCGCCGAACAAGACGAAUCUGAUGAAAUAGGAGACAGCCAGGAGUGGUCUACGGCAGGCGAGGAAGAUGGGCCUAGAGUCUACGGAGAGAAAUCCGAAGACGGGCAAGAAUUAGAAGACGAAGAGGGCGAAGGGGAAGGCGGCGAGGUUGUGGGGGAGCAGCAGGAGGACGAUGAAGAGGACGACCAAGACGUGGUCAUCCGAAAACGCAUGGACCGAGCGACGAGAAACAGGCGACCGCCGGCUAAAUUCCGUGGAGAAGAUUUGUGA